AUGCGGUGUUUCUAACUUUGUCCAAAAAUGUCAAGGUACGAUUCCCAUAGCGAAGGCCCGGGUUUUGUCGGUAUCAGAUUUUGUCAAGAAUGGCGAGUCAGACACCGUUGGAAAGCUUGCAUAGGUUAUGAUGAGACAUAGAUAUAAGAGAUAUUAUAGAAGUUAAUCUAUGUGGUGGGAGCUUUCGAAUGAGCUAAAUCUCAAUGGUUGGCGUUGAGAGGAAGGGAAAAUAUGAAAAGAUGAAUGUUGAACCGAUACAUAAAUAAUCCUUCGUAAUAACAUGUUGUACCCUAAAGAAGACAAGGAAAACAAAAUUUUGUUGUAUGCCUGUAGAAACUGUGACUACAAACAGCAUGCAGAUUCGAAAUGUAUUUACGUAAAUAAAAUUAUGCACGAAAUUGAUGAAUUAACUCAUAUCAAUCCCGAUGUUAUAUCAGAUCCGACACUUCCCAGAACUGAAGAUCACCACUGUCCAAAGUGUCAGCAUAGGGAGGCUGUAUUUUUUCAAGCGCAAACCAGGAGGGCUGAAGAAGAAAUGAGACUUUAUUAUGUUUGCACUAACCCACACUGUUGUCACAGAUGGACCGAAUAAAUGUUUUGAAUUUUCUUAAAA